AUGUCGUGGCUGACGAUGCGCCGCGCUAAAGUUGGGGAGGAACCCAGAGUAUCCACAGAAAGGCCGCCUUCUAACAGCUUAUCAGUGGCAAGCCUCUCAGCGUCACAACUUGACCUUGCCCUCAUGGAGAUGUUGAACAUUCGACAAGGAGAGAAGAUGUGGGACACGUUCUGUAAAGGUAACCCAAUCACAUCCGCCGGGAAGCGGAAGCAGUUAUGCAGGAUCAUCUCCGUGGUGGCGGUACCUCUGAUGAUCCUGAUCGGUAUGACAGCAAACACAUUCGGGGUCACACUUCAGGGCUACCUGAACGCCUCUGGCAUUCGUAAAGUGCUUCGGUUUAGUACAGAGCUAGGUGUGCUUAUUCACAACUUGCAGAAGGAAAGAGACUCGAGCGCGCUCUAUCUGAGUUCGUACCGCGCAGAGACGAAGGAGGCCUUGUUGUCUAGUUACAUCGACACGGACAAUGUUCUCGAGGAGCUGAGCUAUUGGCCGUCCAUAGAGGAUAAGGACGCGCCAGAGUACCAUUCUCAGGAAAAGUACCAAAUUCAUCUCAACAGACAUCGCUACCAGCUCGACUCCCUCAACCAGUCUGUCACUUCUGAACUACUCUUCUACACCAAAGGUAUUGACGUCAUAUUAGACUGGUUGUACGCCUCCAUCACUGAAGCUCGUUCGGGAACCGUCUGGCGAAGUUUGGUGGCGUUUCUAGAAAUUACGGACGCUAAGAAAUCCUUUGGAAUAGAAAGGGCCUUAGGGGCCAUCUACUACACCAAAGGGAAAUUCCAGACGAUAGAGGACUACUUAUGGUUCUCGGAGAGUCAAGAUAUCGCCAACGCCUCCUUUUGGUCUGCCAGGCGUUUCUCGGACGUCGCGGCGUCGAUCUACGACGACCUGGUGGCGCAAAACGACACCAUUGUCGGCAUACUGGAGGACAUGCGCAGAGAUAUUCGCGUUAACGAGCAGUUUAAUCGGGUCGGGUCACUUGAGAAGGCGGAGUAUUGGAUGAUGGCCGUGACCAGCUACCUACAGACUCUCUUGGACACACAGGACGCUGUCGUAUCUUCCAUUUUCGUGGAACUGGAUGAGCGCGAUCAAGAAGAUUUGUUCAAGAUGAUCGCCAUUGCUAUUGUUUUCUCUGGGGUACUGUUGAUGUGUCCGGUGAUCAUGCACGGGGUGUACUCUCUUACAACGGAGAUGCAGAGCUACUCUAUCAUACUAGCAGACAGGACGAAGGCUUUGAAGACGGAGAAAAAACGGACAGACUUGCUUCUGUAUCAGAUGUUACCAAAAAGUGUGGCUGAGAAACUCAAGCGAAACGAGGAAGUGAACGCUGAAACUUUCUCUGACGUAACCAUUUUCUUUUCGGACAUCGUGGAGUUCACAAAGCUUUCGUCGCAGUGCUCCCCAGUUCAGGUGGUCAACAUGCUGAACAGCCUCUACUCGCUGUUUGAUGAUCGGAUUGAGCAGUAUGAUGUCUACAAGGUGGAGACUAUCGGAGACGCCUAUAUGGUAGCAUCCGGUUUGCCACAGAAAAAUGGUAAAAGUCACGCCGCGGAGAUCAGCAUGAUGGCUCUCGAUUUAGUCAACAAUUUAUCUGAGUUGGAGAUUCCCCACUUACCGGGGACACGUUUCCGGUUACGUAUUGGUGUACACACAGGUCCAGUAAUAGCCGGAGUGGUAGGGUUUAAAAUGCCCCGCUAUUGCUUGUUUGGCGAUACCGUCACCAUUGCUUCUCGCAUGGAAUCCUUAGGCACACCGGACUUCAUUCAUGUGAGCGAAUCGACACAAGAAACUCUGCAAGAGUUGGGAGGAUUUGUUCUAAAACCCCGUCAGGAUGAUGCCGUCAAGAGGGACUUGCCACUCUCUGUGGCACUGAAGGGCCAAAUCAGGACCUACUGGCUGUUAGGCUUGGAAGGGGACCCGCGCCCAAUGGAGGAGCCAACGGAGGCCGCCAUUCGGGAGAGCUCUGCGACCGUCACCAGCGGUGGAGUUCGUUUCGGACAUUUCGGCAUUGCAUCCUUGGCUCUCAGCGUUUCACCAGUCAGCCGUGCAUAA